CAAAAGGAGGAAAAGAAAAAAAAAAAAGGGAGAGAGAGCGAGAGAGGGGAGAGAGAGGGAAAAAAAAAAAAGGAGAAAACUGUAAGUGCGUAAAAAAGUUCUCGCCGCGGUGACGGAUGCUCAAAAGUUCAGGAGUUUUUCCGAUGCUUCGCAAAGCAGCCUGCGACUGAAAAAGAGACUGAAAAACGAGCGAGGGAGAGAGAGAGGGCGAGUUUGCACUGGGAGACCGGGAAGACAACUUGUUGCAGAUCCCCGUGGAGCGAGGAACCGGGAGCGUGGGAGCCUCUUCGCGAAGGUUUUAUUUCCUUACUACUCUUUCUGCGUUGGGAAGCUGCUUUCUCCGCUGCGAUUCCUUUUUUCGCCCUCCGCCGGUUUCUUGCGAGAAAACGCUUUCGGCCUCCCCCCCCGGCCCGGGCUCUUUUUCCCCCCCCGGCUCUGACUUUCCCCUCCUCCCCCCCCCGCGGCCGGUGGGCUUUGGCGGCCGAGGACGGAGCGGAGCCUCCCGGCGCCGCCGUCGGGCUCCGUGCCCCGUUUCCCCGCGCUCCGCCGGGGGCUGCCCGGUGCGGCUCGGUCGGCGGAGCGGCGGAGGGGUGGAGGGGAAAGGGCCGAGCUGCUCGGGCCGGCGGGGAGGCAGGGCGAAAGCUGCCGGGGGGACAUGCAGGCUCGCUACUCCGUGUCCAGCCCCAACUCCCUGGGAGUGGUGCCGUACCUCGGCGGCGAGCAGAGCUACUACCGAGCCGCCGCCGCCGCGGCCGGCGGGGGCUACGCGGCCAUGCCGGCCCCGAUGAGCAUGUACUCGCACCCGGCCCACGAGCAGUACCCGGGCGGCAUGGCCCGAGCCUACGGGCCCUACACGCCGCCGCCGCAGCCCAAGGAUAUGGUGAAGCCGCCCUACAGCUACAUCGCCCUCAUCACCAUGGCCAUCCAGAACGCGCCCGAUAAGAAGAUCACCUUGAACGGGAUCUACCAGUUCAUCAUGGAGCGGUUCCCUUUCUACCGGGACAACAAGCAGGGCUGGCAGAACAGCAUCCGCCACAACCUCUCCCUCAACGAGUGCUUCGUCAAGGUGCCCCGCGACGACAAGAAGCCCGGCAAGGGCUCCUACUGGACCCUCGACCCCGACUCCUACAACAUGUUCGAGAACGGCAGCUUCCUCCGCCGCCGCCGCCGCUUCAAGAAGAAGGACGCCGUCAAGGACAAGGAGGACAAGGACCGCCUGCACCUCAAGGACCAUGCCCCGCCGCCGCCGCGCCCGCCGCCGCCCGCCGCAGCCUCGGCCGCCGCCGUCGAGCCCGAGGGCGGCCCCGCCGGGGGGGGCAGCGCCCCGCCGCCGCCGCCCCCCGUCCGCAUCCAGGACAUCAAGACGGAGAACGGCACGGCCUCGCCGCCGCACGCCGGCUCCCCCCCCGGCGCCGCUCCGCCGCUGGGCGCCGUGCCCAAAAUCGAGAGCCCCGACAGCAGCAGCAGCCUGUCGAGCGGCGGCAGCCCCCGCAGCGCCCUCCCCUCCGCCCGCUCGCUCAGCCUCGAAGCCCCCGAGCCUCCGCCGCCGCCCCCCCCCCCGCCGCCGCCUCCCCACCACCACCACCACCACCACGGGCCGGGCUUCAGCGUGGACAACAUCAUGACCUCGCUGCGCGGCUCCCCGCAGGGGGCGGCCGAGCUGGGCUCCGGCCUGCUGCCCCCCGCCGCCGCCGCCGCCGCCCCCCGCAGCGGCAUCCCCCCGGCCCUGUCCCUCGGCGGCUACUCGCCGGGCCACAGCUCCGUCUACAGCUCGCCCUGCGGCCAGCCCGCCGCCUCGGCGGCCACCUACCACUGCAACAUGCAAGCCAUGAGCCUGUACGCGGCGGCGGGCGGCGCGGAGCGGACCCCCGGCCACCUGCCCCCCCCCGCCGCCGCCGCCGCCAGCCCCGCCGAGGAGCCGCUGCCCGACUACGCGCUGCCGUCGGGGGGCGGCGGAGCGGGGGGCGGCGGCGGCGGCGGCGGCGGGGGAGGAGGAGGGGGCGGCGGGGGGGCGCUGGGGCACGGCGGGCUGGGCGGCGCGGCGGGCGGCCACCAGGAGGGGCAGCACCCGCACCCGCACCCGCACCAGGGCCGCCUGGCCUCCUGGUACCUCAACCAGGCGGCGGCGGCGGCGGCGGCGGCGGCGGCGGUGGCGGCGGCGGGGGAGCUGGGCCCGCUGGCGGGCGCGCCGGGCUACGGGGGGGCGCAGCAAGGCUUCGCCGCCGCCCCCAGGGAGGUCUUCGAGGCGCCGCGCCUCGCUCAGCGCCUCGCCCGGAGGAGGAGGCAGCGGCGGAGGCCCGGGCGGCGGCGGCGGCGGCGGCGGCGGAGGAGGCGGCGGGGCGGGGGGAGGCAGCUGUCAGAUGGCCUUCCCGGCAGCCAGCCCCUCUACCGCACCUCCGGGGCCUUCGUCUACGACUGCGGCAAGUUCUGAGCGCCCCCCCGACGCCCCCCCCGCCACCCCCCCCCCGACGCCGCUCCGGGGUCCCCGCGGCCGCCCCGAGGGAGAGGAGAGCGCGGGCGAAAAGCCUUUGUACAGAGACAGCUCCAAAGCAUGUCUUGGUUUUGUUAAAGGACAGUGUUACUCCGAUAACACGUAAGUUUUUUCUGUUGUUGUUUUUUUUUUCCUCCUUGCUUUUGAGAAAUACUCCCUCCAACCUCACCCCCCACCCCGUGCGCCCCGGCCCUUAAGGUAUCGCCAGGCCCUGUGUUUAAAAGGGGGCGAAAAACCCAGCGUAGAGUACCGGCUUCUCCCCGCUCCUCCCCGUCCCGGACCCUCCUCUUUUACAAGGACUUGUUUUAAAAUGUAAAUUGCGACAUAGUAAUUUAUUUUUAAUUUGUAGUUGGAUGUUGCGGACCAAACGCCAGAAAGUGUUUCCCCCCUUCCCUGAAAAUUGACUGAAACGCUGAUUUUUUUUUUCACUAUAUAUAAAAAAGGGAAACUGUAUUAAUCUUAUUCUAUCAAUAUUUUUUUCUUUUUUUUUUUUUUGUUGAAAAUAUUCUGAAGGUAUUGCAUUGUUUGUUUAUUAAUAAAUUACCAUUCAGUUGGAA